ACACACACACGACAUCUUUUACCCAAUCCAAUCACAGAUCCCCAUGGAACGAGAGGUAUGGGGAGGCCAAGAACAAACAGGCCCCUAGAUUUUAUAUGCCCGCUCUAAUGAAAUUGCAUUAGGGCAGGGCUCAGGAGAGAGUGGUACUUAUCCACCGCUUUGCUUUCGCCUUUGGCUUGCUUGGCCCCUCCCUCUCAUUCCUUUUGCUCAGCUCACGGGUCCCUCUCGCCCGUCUUCCUCGUAGUUCACUUCUCUUUUACCACUACUGCCUCCAUCUCCAUGUCGUCGCUCGGACAAGGGUAGUAGUAGAGCUCAGCUCAGAGUGAAAGCCAAGCAAGAAGCGUUUUCGUCUGUGUUUGGUUGUUGAUGAGAGCGAUGGCCAGCGGCGGCAACUGGUUAGGCUUCUCCCUCUCCCCGCACAUGGCCAUGGAGGUGCCCUCCUCCUCUGAACCCGACCACGCUCAGCCUGCUAGCGCUAGUGCUAUGUCUGCUUCUCCCACCAACGCCGCGACCUGCAACCUCCUAUUCUCCCAACCCGCGCAAAUGGCCGCUCCACCUCCUGGAUACUACUACGUCGGCGGCGCCUAUGGGGAUGGCACCAGCACCGCCGGCGUCUACUACUCCCACCACCCCGUCAUGCCCAUCACGUCCGAUGGAUCUCUGUGCAUCAUGGAAGGGAUGAUGCCAUCGUCCUCGCCGAAGCUCGAGGACUUCUUGGGUGGCGGCAAUGGCAGCGGACAUGACGCGGUCACCUACUACAGCCACCAGCAGCAGGACCAACAAGACCAGGAGGCAAGCAGAAUCUACCACCACCAUCAACAGCAGCAGCAGCAGCUAGCGCCCUACAACUUCCAGCACUUGACGGAAGCAGAGGCGAUCUACCAAGAGGCCACGGCGCCGAUGGACGAGGCAAUGGCCGCUGCCAAGAACCAGCUGGUGACGAGCUACGGCUCAUGCUACAGCAACGCGGGGAUGCAGCCGCUGAGCCUGUCCAUGAGCCCCAGGUCCCAGUCCAGCAGCUGCGUCAGCGCAGCUCCUCAGCAGCAUCAGAUGGCUGCGGCCGCUGCUGCUGCCUCCUUGGCUGCUUCCCAGGGAGGCAGUAAUGGUGGUGGGGAGCAGGAGCAGUGCGUGGGGAAGAAGAGGGGCACUGGGAAGGGAGGCCAGAAGCAGCCCGUUCAUCGCAAGUCCAUCGACACGUUUGGGCAGAGGACCUCCCAGUAUAGGGGCGUCACCAGCAGGCACAGGUGGACUGGGAGAUAUGAAGCCCACCUCUGGGACAACAGCUGCAAGAAGGAUGGGCAGACAAGGAAAGGGAGGCAAGUUUAUCUAGGUGGUUAUGACAAUGAAGACAAGGCUGCCAGGGCUUAUGAUCUGGCUGCUCUGAAAUAUUGGGGGCCGUCAACGAACACCAAUUUCCCGCUAGAAAAUUAUCGAGAGGAGGUCGAGGAGAUGAAAAGCAUGACAAGGCAGGAAUUCGUUGCACACUUGAGAAGGAGAAGCAGCGGGUUUUCUCGUGGUGCUUCGAUAUAUCGAGGAGUAACGAGGCAUCAUCAGCAUGGAAGAUGGCAAGCUAGGAUUGGCAGGGUUGCUGGCAACAAAGACUUGUAUCUCGGCACUUUCACCACUCAGGAAGAAGCAGCCGAGGCCUACGACGUAGCCGCGAUCAAGUUCCGUGGCCUGAACGCCGUGACCAACUUCGACAUAACCAGAUACGACGUGGACAAGAUCAUGGAGAGCAGCUCUCUGCUGCCCGGUGACGAAGCGCGCAAGGUCAAGGCGGUCGAGGCAGCCAACCACGUGCCUGCCAUGCACAACGGCGGCGGGGAGAUCAGCCAUUCCGAAGAAGGAAGCUCCGGCGUCUGGAGGAUGGUACUCCAUGGAACACCGCAGCAAGCUGCACAGUGCACCCCCGAGGUGGCAGACCUUCAGAAGGGCUUCAUGGGCGGCGGCGACCCUCGCUCGUCCCUGCAUGGCAUCGCCGGGUUCGACGUCGAGUCGGCGGCGCAUGACAUCGACGUCUCAGGCAAGAUCAACUACUCCAACUCGUCCUCCCUGGUGACCAGCCUCAGCAACUCGAGAGAGGGGAGCCCAGAGAGGUUCAGCCUGCCCUCGCUGUACGCCAAGCAUCCCAACGCCGUCAGCGUCGCCAGCAUGAGCCCGUGGAUGGCGAUGCCAGCGCCGGCCGCCGCCCACGUGUUGAGGGGGCCGAAUUCCUCCAUGCCUGUGUUUGCUGCCUGGACGGACGCAUAGCCGCGCUGCUGCUGCUCAAAUCUUGCUGUCGCUGGCCAUGUUGCGUAAACUGGAGCUGAGUUAGUAGCGUCGGUUGCUCAUUCCACUUGUGUUGAGCUGGGAAGGCAAGGCUGGUUAAUUGGUUAUCACGAAGGUGGUGUAGUGUUAGUGGUAGUGGUACGCAGGAGAAGCAGGCAUUAGUCUCUAGCUCACCGAACUUGUAGCAGUACGUAGUAUUCUUACUUACUUUCUCUUGAGCCUCUUUUUAUGUAAUCUCCUGGGAAUGUAUUAUCAUGCAUGCAUGCAUGGCUUACAAAUUACAACAAUGCAUGGAAGGAGGCUGCCCCAAGAAAAGUGAAAGGGUUUGUGGGAUCGGGACUGA